AUGUUGCCGCCACAGCUUUUGAGAGAUGCGGAACGGUUUGUUGGAAUCCUUAAAGGGGAUCCAGGCCUGCUGCAUACUCCUGAGCUCAAGUUCUUAAAGGAAUACUUAGAAAGUCUCGGGGCCACAAUUCCUCCACGCAAAACAUCCCGUGAUUCGCCACCACAACAUCAGAAGACUCCUGAGAAAGAAUCUGAAUCUUCAGAGGAGCCAGAGAGCGAAGAGUCUGAGCUUGAAUUCGAUACAUCUGGCGUUAUAGAGGAGGAGUCAGAUGAACCUCAACCCAUGGGUGAUGACACAGCUGAAGUGACUGAGGAAAUGAUCGGAAAAGCCGAGGAGAAGCGCUUUGAAGCUCAGACAAAGUUCUCAGACGGUGAUUUUGAGGGCGCUGUGGCUCUCUUCACCGAGUCCAUAUCUGAAAAUCCGCAUGUGGCUGUUUCUUUUGCUAAAAGAGCAGCUUGCUACUUCAAAUUAAAAAAGCCCGCAUCUGCUAUUCGUGACUGCAAUAAGGCUAUCUCUCUAAAUCCUGACUCUGCCGCCGCCUACAAGUGGCGUGGCCUUACCAAUAAGGCUCUUGGACACUGGGAGGAAGCUUAUAUGGAUUUGCAAACGUCACUUAAACUUGAUUACUCCGAUGACGCUUAUGAAGCUAUGAAGGCAGUCGAGCCUAAUUAUCAGCGCAUUCAUGCGCACAAGUUGAAGUGGAUGAGGAAGCGGGAGGAGAAGACGUUCAAGGAGCUGAAGAAGGCUCAUGUAGCUCGUCAGAAGGCCUAUGAGGAGGCAAAGCGACAUAAAACCGAAGCCGACUUUCAGGCGGCUGAAGAAAUGCCUUCCGGACUGCAAGACGCAUUCAGUAAGAUCUUAUCAGAUCCCGAACUAGUAGCUGCGAUGCAGGACCCUGAGCUGCAGGCAGCUUUCACGCAGGGUAUGACAAAUCCCGCAGCUUUCAAAGCCGCAGCCAGCAACCCCAAAUUUGCCGAUUUGAUGAAGAAAAUGGGACAGAAGAUGGGUGUGUCGGAGGAUGCACAAGCAGCAGCAGCGCCAGGGGGAUCGCGGAUGAAACCCACUGGAGAUGAUGCAGAUUUGGACUAG